GCCGCGCGCCGCUCAAUCGAUACCAAGCCUUUAUAUUAAAAAAAAACACCAUAUAAUCUCAAAAAAACCGAAUAAUAUUGUUCCUUAAACGAUAAAGAUAAAUAUUUUAACGUAAAACAGUGCAUAACAUUCUUAUAAACAGUGCAUUGACAAUUCUAUUAGCGUAAAUAAGUGUGGCGCAGAAACGUUUAGGAGAGACUAGUGUUCGGCUCACCGUGCUAAAUGAAUCUUGCGGUGAAUUUGGAGCGGGAGGAUUACAACAUGGCGGCGGCUCCAGCAUCUUGUAUGAGCGCGGAGCACGGCUGCGUCAUGUUCGAUUGUCUCGUACAUCUGUGGGACUGGAUUGAUCCACCGGUGACUCAUACAGAUUUUCAAAUGGAGAAUAAAAAAAAUGUGACGGCGACGCAACAACCUCUCACGCAGCAACACCUCAUGGCACACCAUGUUCACCCCGAUCAAAUAUAUUCGCCUCAACAUUCACAGUUACCUGCGCAUUUAAACAACCAGUCCGCGCAAAUUCAACCUAAUGGCGUCAUGCACCAGCUAUUGCAAAGUCAAUAUCAUUCCAACAUGAAUGCACGAUCGCCGCUCCUUGAAAACAGACACGAGAUGUAUGGAACUGGUCAAAAUCACGACUACGCCAGACAUUACGGAGCGAACGACAAUUAUAAUUACGCACAGUCUCCUCCACGCCUCGAAAGAACGGAAAUCCACGUAGACCAAAACGUAAACCAUGAACUGCAAAAUAUUCCUAAAGGAUAUAAUGCAGAAGUUUACCAAGAUUACUUAAAACGAAACCCACCGAAAGAAAGUAACCAAAUAUAUCAAAACCAUCAACAUACGUAUAGGCCUAAUGUUAAUCAGUACGGAUCAAAGCCGUAUCUUCCAUAUUCAAAUCGAAUAGGACCACAGAGUAAUACCGAAUUGUUAAGGAGACAGUAUAAUGAAAUACAGCAAAUGAAAAUGCAACAACAAAUGCACUAUCAAAAUCAGGCACAGAUGCAUCAACAACAAAAAUUUGCUGAGCGACAGUUACUACUACAACAAAUUCAUGGCGUUCAACCACCGCCGAAUUUACAAAAUAGUAUUUAUUCAGAUAGUUCUUAUAGAGAUUUGUACAGUAGUAAAAAUGAUUUCAAAGAUUAUAGCAGUCCAGAUAUACAAAAAGAUAUCGAUAUGUACGCUAAGAACAACGAGUACAAGGAAAGAGACGUACCUAUCAGGCAAUAUCAAGAAACACAAUGGCAAUCUAAUCAGCCUGAUUACCGGGAGUCAGAAAGGCAAAAUCAACUGGACCAAGGCAAAUCAAAAAAUCAAUCUCAAGCUUCCGAAUUCAACAUUCAAAAGAAUAACCCGGGAGUGGUUUCCCCGAUGAAAUCAAGCGAAUCCAGUACGCCUAGUAUAAAAUCUCCUUCUUUAGAAAGUCGACGGAGUAGUAGUGGUACUCAAGCAUUACGAUCUCCUACUGCGCAACGAAUACCAUCUGCUCCUGUAACUAUGGCUGGACUAUUAUAUAAGCAAGGAUCCGAUGGCCUUAAAGUUUGGCGGAAGAGAUGGUUUGUUUUAUCGGAAUACUGCUUGUUCUAUUAUAAAAGUCAAGAUGAAGAGAAACUCCUAGGAUCUGUGCUUUUGCCAUCUUACAAAGUAUCAGCAUGUACUGCAGACGAUAAAGUGAUGCGGAAGUAUGCUUUUAAGUUGGAACACGCAAAUAUGCGGACGUAUGUGUUAGCUGCAUUAGACCAGGAAACUAUGUUGAAGUGGGUUAAAGCGCUCACUAUGGCGGCUCUUAUGCAAAGUCCCACUGAACAGCAGCAAAAACAAAAUGACCGAGCAGCUGCGAAAACAGAGGACGGCGAUGAAAUAGCAGGCCCAACAUAUGCAAAUGCUCCACCGAAACCGAGACGAUCUAAUGAUGGAUAUAAUUCACCUAGUCCUGAUAUGUACGAUCCAAAUUACGAUCUACUCAAAAAACCUGCAUCACACUACAGUCAAGGCACCAAUCAUACUAGAUACCAGGACACAAACUAUAGCACUAAACAGGAGAUUUACACACGUACCCCGCUAUCACCGCCAACGCAAAUGCCAUAUCCAACAAAACGGCCUUAUGAUAUGCAGAAUCUAUCAUUACCAUUAACUAAUACUGUUUCUGAAACACUAGAUAAAAAUCACACACCCUCCAUGUACAAAUCUAAUUCACAAUCCCCUUAUUUCGAUAGUAGGAAAAGUCAGCAACAACAGGCAGAAGAUGAUAAAAUCGAGAGUCUAUACGAAAAGCAACCAAACUACAAUCCGUUUUUACAAGAUUAUGGACAGAAAGUUGAACAGAAACAUAAAGUAGAUGAAGUUAAUCAGCCACCUACUGAUUUAAAUAAAAUAUCCAUUUAUAAUGAAAGUUUUUCUGAAUCUCGGAGUGACUCAAAACCAUUAGCCGAUUCGAGUGUGUACGGAAGGGAAUUAUAUGGCGAUUUAAAUAACAAGAUAACCAAACCAACAACAUCAAUGAAUGACCGAUUAGCUGAGAGACGCACUCCAGAUGCUUAUAGAAGAUCGACGGCGAUGUCUUCAUAUAACUCUGAAAAGAUCGGGGAUUACGAAGACAUUUAUGCAGCCUAUGGUAACGAAAAAACAUAUACAAAAUCACCAAAUCCGUCACGUGAUGCCGUUAGCCUAUCUAGUAACAAAUCUCCUCAAGAACAACCCUUUGGUUAUACGCAAGAAAAAGUUUUUAGUGGACCCUCGGUUUUACGUAGGAAGAAGAUGCAAGCAAGUGGCAUUCAGCCACCGAUGCCACGACCACAUAGUGCCGAUUUCCUAGAGUAUGAAUCAAAGAACGAGGCUCUCAACAAAACCAUGCCGGCACGAAACACUUAUGAUCCACCGAAACAACCACAACGUCCUAAGUCUAGCCUUGACAUCAAUUCUUAUUACGAUCCUAGUUCAGAUAAAUAUUAUUCAGAGGAAAGUUAUGCACAAAAAAUGCGACAAUCGGCACAAUAUUUACAACAGCAAGGCCUUGGACCAAAAAAUAUCCAAAUCCCCCUAGAGAAAUAUGCAAGUGGACUUGCUGAAAAACAAUUACAUUCUCCAUAUGCUCAAACUAUUAAUAAUAACUACGAAACCGAGUUUAAUGUUAACCGUAAUAUUCGUGAUAAUGUGAGUUACAAUUCAAAGUACAGUGAUCUAGAAGGAAUGAAUUCUAACUGGACUUUGAAGGAAAAAGAUCUAGAAAAACAGAAAGAUUAUUUAAACAGAAGUGGAAGUGUAAUGAGUGAUAGUUCUAAUGUCAGUGGUUUUGUUAAGGAUACUAACAGAUAUGACCCGAAUAUAGAAGGAUUUAUAAGAUCAGCAAGUGCCAGACUUCCUUCAUCUACUGAAAGAGAUGGUGAAAAGAAGGUACAACAGCGUGAGGAGUCGAUGAAAAGACUUUUGGAAUGGAAGCAAAGGAUGUUGCAGUCUCCGCUUACUAGAAAGAGCACACCAGCUACCAUUUCUCUAGCAAGAUCUUUAAAUCAAAGUAGACAAUCAUUGCGAUCGGAUCAAUAUAAGCCUAAGUCCUACAAAAAUGCAUCUUACAACAGUUAUUCUUCAGACGAUGAAGCUUCUAUGACGAUGUCAGGCACGAAUAUCGAACCAAGCCCAAAUAACAACAACAAUAUUAAUCACACAAACCAGCAAAAUUUGUCAAAAAAAGCAUUUCUCGGAAGUAACACAUCUAUUGGAAGGAGUAAUAGAGAUGGCAAUAUACCAGUGCGAGCUGUUAGUCCAAGAGUACGCUGGGUUGAGGAAAAACCGUCUAAUGACCAAUACGAUUCGCAGCUGAUUACAACCUCGCAACAAAAUUUAAAUACAACAAUGGGAGCAGAAGAGUCGUGGGCAACGGUUAGGUCUCCAUCAAGAGUUCAACAACAACCGAUUAAAGCGGUGAGCCCUAGGAUACGAAGGAACAAUGAAAAUGAUGAUAUGCGUAAGGAGAUUCAAAAUCAAGAAAUAAGUGAAGUACCAACAGCCGGUGAACUUCUUGGAAGAAGUCAUGAGGAAUUAGUUCUGCUUUUGAUUCAAUUAAGAAGACGCCAUGCGGCGACUCAUCGUGCUAUUGAAACGUGCUGUGCUCAAAUUAGUAGCAUUGAGGACUGUCUGAGUUCAUUAAAAGCUAUGGAGCGAGAAGAAAGUUUACAACGCUUAGAACAGUUGAAGAUGCAACUCAUGGAACUUGAAAACCAAUACGAAAAAAGCAAGCCAUUGGUACAGUUAGUCGAUAAUAUGGUCAAAUUAGGAUCAUUAUAUAAUAGGCCAGGUUCUACUAUUGAAAGAUUGGAAAGAAAUCAGCGUUUACGGCAAAAAGUCCUCGCUGAACAUGCUAUGGAGCAACAAAGAUGGUUAGAAAGCGCUGCAGCUGGCAAGCCUCUUGAAACAGAAGCAGCUAGAGUGAGAGUUGCAGAAUUAUGGGCAUUAGAACAAGAAUUAGCCGAUGAAGCUGCAAUACUGCAGGGUUUGAAAACUGAUAAAGACGCCAUCGAUUCUCUUCUUACUGGAGUUCGCAGCAAACUCGACAGUGUCAGUAGCAGGUCUCAACAAUCGAAUAGCGGUUUGGAAGUGGAGCUCGCCCGAGUGCAUGCCAUGCUGGCGCACAAUUCUAAGAAAUUGGAACAGACGGUGGCUGACAACGCGCGCCUGGAGCGCGAGCUGCACCACCUGCGGCGCGCGUUGCGGGCGCAGCGCGCCAACACGCACGCGCAGCCCGCGCACCCCACCGCCAUGCUGGAGGACGAGGUAACUCGUGUUCAACACCUAGUGUCGGCGCUACAACGUCAAAGACAAGAGCUGAGCCGUGCUGUUAGACAUCUGACGCAACAGUCCCAUGCACUGCAAACCACUCACGAUUCUAUGCCUGGUAAACGUCCUGGCAGGAAUCCGACCACAUGCUGGCAAGAGACUAACUUAGACACAGGUCAUACAGUCGACCACGGUCAAUCUGAUUACGAUUUUGAAACGGGAGCUCCAGUUUUCCCACCUGGACAUUAUGGACAAAGCAAUGUUGAAACGCCACUCUAUGUUGAUACUAGAACACCUGGAAUGGAUGUGGCAUCGCCAAUUAACAGUGAAGACAUGCAGCAUACUGCUUUUGGCAAUUUAUCGAACGUAGAAAAACAGGAGAUUAAAACUGUUCGUAUUGUAAAAAGAGAGAGUGAAAGACGCCAAAGAGAUAGAGAGCGUUCCUUGCAGCCGAUGUCCGAUUGGACCACCAACAAUAUCACUGCCAACCUCGACCAGUUCCUAGAAGAAGAACUAGUUCAGCCUAUUAAUAACUACCGAGCUUCAUCCUUGCCUAGAACAGAUUACAAUAAAUACGAAGAAUAUUAUACAAAACCACAGAAUGUCGAGCCACCUAAUUAUCUUCGAUUGAACGAUAAAAAUAUGGAUCAAAGCCCGAAAUAUCCAUCGAGCCCUUCUUUGUCCAACUAUGAUUAUUCUCGCGAUAUAUCAUCAUUAAGCAGCAGCUACCAUAAGAGCUAUGACAAAUACGAUCGUACCGUUUCUUUGUCAACCCAGUAUUUGAACAGUCCAACUGAUAGUUCUCGGACGUUGACCAACGAUCCAAUGUCAAAAACGAGCAGCAUUGUCAGUUUAACGAGAUCCAAUAUGGAGCUGUCUCCUAUAUUUAAAAGCGAAGCCGCGAAGCAGAUUAUAACUGAAAUGUCAGGAGAAAACAUCAAAAAUGGUUCUAUGCACAGACGACAAGUGCCAAAAGAAAAGAGAAGACAUUAUACUGCACCGCAUCAUUUAAGCGCUAAGACACUUAAUGAAAUGCCUAAGGAUAUGUACAACCAAGACGCUCUGGGUAGGUCCCUGGAUGACGCUGAUAUGGAACGAGCUUUAAGAGGAGCAGCACCAGACGUUGUACGUUCUGCCUUGCCAUCUAGAAAAAUGCCAGAUUCUAUUGACCAACUGCUGGCUGCCCCGCAGAAAAUCAUUAUACCAGAGCGGUACAUUCCUGAAAAGCCUCCAGAACUAUCUCCAGAGGAGCAGCAAAAACGUCAGGAAAAGGUAGAGUCUAUCAAGAAGAUGCUUACCGGUUCUUCUGCUGAUCCCAGCAAGAGCCCGGAUGGUGAAGAGAAGCGACAACGUGAACACUUGCUCCAGAUGAACCAGAUCCUUGCCAAGCAGGUCACCGAGAUGAGCAAAAUCAUAGCUGUAAAAGCCUUGGAAGAGCUGCCUCUACACGAUAACAAUGAUGACUACGAAGACCGAUCGCCUGAUGUCGAGCUGCCGAUUUAUCAACAAAGGGAUAAUUUCUUUACAUGAAAUGAAUAUUCAAAUUGAUUGACCCAUUUUGUAUAACCGUGUUUUCUUUAUAUUAUCGCUUUAUAAUCUUUCAAAGAAUUAAAAUUUACUUGCUAGCAUUCUACUGAUUAUAUUCAUUUCAAUGUAUUAUUAUUUGCAGAUAAUAGCUCUUACAAUUUACGUAGUUUAAACUAAUGAUUUUUUUUAUGAUAUCAUUGUUAAAAUUGGAAGUUUUUAACUCUCAAAACGCAAAUUAUCUUUUGAGGUGAGGUCACACCUGAAUUACACUGCGAGUCGUGGCUACAUAAGUGAGUAGUGAUCUAUAUUAAUCAACGUAAAUCUAAAUAAGGAAAAUCUUGACGCCAUUUAUAUGGCAUAUGUAUGUUGUGUGAAUUGCCUUCCCAAAAGCCUUCCUAAAAUAAAUAAAACAUCCUUCGCUUUCAGCUUACGUACAUAUCGUGACAUAUCUGUGGAGUAACAAAGUACGAUCCGUAUCCCCGGGAUUGAGUUUCUUUUAAUAAUUGCUCAAUUUUAUAAACAUUCCUCCAAUAAACGUUAUUUGUUACGUAGAUAAUGUGUUAUAAAAUGUAUUUCAAGCUGUUCAUAUUAAUUCUAGGGCCAGUUGAUAAUAAAAUUCUCAUAAUCAAUUAAUGGAAUAUAGUCUUCUAUGUAAAGGCCUUCAAUUGUUACGUUAGAUGUAAGAUUAUAUGACUUACAACGUAGUUUAUUUAUAAAUAAAUUAUAAUUAUAAAGAUGCCAUGUUAAAAAGUAUACUUACUAUAGUAAAGCACACGUUUAAUUUAAUUUCUUAAACGAAUAUAAAAUGCGUUUUAGUAUUGUUUCGUUAUUAAAUUAUUAUUAAUUAAGAAUUAUUAUGUUAAACGAAUUAUAUAAUUUCAAUUAAACCUCCUUUAGAUAUUAAAAAGAUUUUAGUUUUGUGUUAGCCAUAGAUAUUAUAUUAUGUAAUCGUAUUUGCACAUAGUUGUCAAUUGUAGGUACUUAAAACUUCUUAUGAAUAUAAUAUACCAAUGUAUUUAUCAAGACUAUUGUAUUAUAGUGUCGUAUAUCCGAAUGCUUCGCGUAUUAUUUGUAGGAAGCAACGAAUUGGAACACAUGUGAUAAACAUUAAUAUACCUGAUUUUUUUAUGAUAUCACUUGUAUACUUCUUUCAAUAUAUAAGUAAUCCUUAUAUGUUAGACGUAGACGAUUAGUACAUGACUGUAUUAGCCUAUGUAAGCUUUAAAUAUUAGUGUUGUGACUCCGACAAUUGUAUAACUUUAUUAUGAUACGGUACUGUCGACGUUGCUUCAUGUAGCUUUUUAUUAUUAAACGUUUUCCCGGAGUAAGCGAUGAAUAUAUUAUAUAAUUAGAUACAUCUUCGUUUUAUACUCUUUUACUAACAAAACCUUUAGUUAUAAAAUUUUCAUACAAUAUUGAAAAGUCACGAAUUUAAAGUUAUGUAUGGCAAUUCGCGUUAUCCAAUGCGACUUAAGCCUUAAUUACCCCACGUAAACUAUACUAUUGAUGAAUUUAAAUAUAAUAAAUUGGUAAAAACUAUUAAUUUUCUAGUAAAUUAUAGACUGAUAUAGUUUUUGCCUUAUAAGCCUGUCCUUUAAAAGAUUUCCUAAUAUUUCAUUGUUUAUAUUGUCAAUUAUGUAUUU